AAACUCAUACAACCUCCAUGUCUUUAUGGACCCAGCACAAAACCUGAUUGCUGUUGCCUACCAUGUUGUUAAUUACUAGGCGGUCAAUUUAGUAGAUGAUGGCAACCAAUGCGUCAUUUGACGCAGUUGUAAAUUCACAGCUUUCGCCGCACCUCGCCGCUGCCUUGACGGUACCACAUGUUUAACAGCCAGGCAUGGCAGGAAUCGUGCAUUCAUCCUCUCGUCAACGUUGGCUGGGGCAAGCAACCGUACGUGGUCUGUUCUCGAAGUUGUGAAAUAAUCCAUCCGAGUCAUGGGGUUGCGCAACGGUUCCCUCGUCUGCGAUUACUGCUCCAGCACAGUUUUUAUAUUCGAGCCAUUUCAGAUUGCAUGGACUGCAAAGGACUCGUCAGAUCCUAAAGCAGGCUUCUCAUAUAUCACUCAAACUUGGCAGGAGAUCGAUGAUGGAGAAAAUAAGGGAUGUAAUUGGUGUGAUAUUCUUUGGGGAGAGAUUCCGUUUUGGUAUCAGCACCGCAAGAAAAGAGAAUUGCCUAUGCCAGAGGAGACUUUCAAAAUAACUGUACGCUUCGAGAAACGAAAUUCAGAAGAUGAAAUUGUCCUGAAAGUUAUGGUUGAAGACGACUGGUCGCUCAGGUAUCAAGUGCGGUGCGACGCAGACGACAAUGCUGCCGCCUUUGUCCCUGGCAGAAAGCUGGUGUGGCAGGUCGCAUCUCCUCAAGCCUUCAAACUCGCCUUAGACUGCCUCGCACAAUGCACGCUUCGUCAUAAUUGUCCAAAACCUCAGGAAACAAGCCUUCCAACCCGUGUAAUAGACUGCUCGGAUCCAGAACGGCUAAAGCUUGUCCUCACCAAAGGCGUGCGAGGCUUUUAUGCAGCACUCAGUUAUGUCUGGGGUGAACCACAACCGCACAGCGUCUGCACCGCAAAACUCUCUACAUACCUGGAAUCAAUCGACAUACUCCUCCUUCCGAAAACCAUCAGAGAUGCUAUCUUUUGCACCUACAAUCUCAAUCUCCGUUAUCUUUGGGCCGAUACCUUGUGCAUUUUGCAAGAUUCGGACGAAGACAAGCAGCGCGAGAUUCCACAGAUGUGCGAUAUAUACCAAUGUGCAUACGUCACAAUCAUCGCAGCCAGCUCGCGGAAAGUCAGCGAAGGAUUUCUCCAUAACCGCAAAAGACCAGUUGAAACGCUGCUGCCAUUCUGGUGUCCGGAUGGGAAGCUCGGUACCAUUUCGGUUGAUGAAGAUAAUGGUGCAGAUCCAUCAAAAGAACCAGUGAAUUGCCGAGGUUGGUGUUUCCAAGAGCGCCUCCUCUCCCCUAGGACCUUGGUGUACGCUUCGCACACUCUCCAGUAUCAGUGCCAGACGGCAAUGAACGAGAUCGGAGACAUCUGGAAUUACCUUCCCUCGAAUAAACUGGGUGAAUUGCGCUUGCCAGAUAUGAUGGUCUCGCGCACACCGAGUAGGGUGCUUUCGAGCAAUGACGUGGAGGCAUUGCUGACAGCCUGGCAGAAUGUUCUAUCCGACUACACGCGACGUGUUGUUUCAGAACCCUCUGACAGGCUCGUGGCGAUCUCAGGCAUCGCUCAGCUUUUCCAGUAUUGGUGGGGAAAUACCAAUCGUUACAUUGCUGGGUUAUGGGAACGCAAUUUGUCCAUCGACCUCCUGUGGUACAGAAAUCGUCCAUCCGACGGAAGUCUCGUUACAGGCAAAUAUCUUGCACCCUCGUGGUCUUGGGCUGCUACGAUUGGAUACAUCGUUGCCGGGUGGGAUAAAAGAGUCGGAAACAUCAUAUGGGAAGUGCAAUCAUGCAACACGAUCCCAGUUUCCGACAAUCACCCUCUUGGCCAGGUGAAAGGCGGGAGAUUAAUUGUUAGAGCUAUCGCGAGAGACGUGACCUGGGAUCCCGCGGAGCCUGAGCUAUUUGAGCUAAAACGACCUUGUGUUUCGGUAGCGAAAACAGGUGAUGAGCCUGAAGAACGCGACGAAGCUUGCAACAUCCGAAGCUUGCGAGCUGCAGCUGAUAUCACUGUUGAUAGGGGGCUAGCGGUCAAUGGUUCAGAUGAAAUUGAAAUCGCCACUUUUCCCGGGCCAAACACCGUGCCUACUUCUGCUUCUCCGGUAGAAUAUGCCGAUAUUCGAAUGUGCAAUGGCGAACUUGGCAAAAAGGCAUUGGAGGCAGUAAAGAUAGGACAUUCCUUCAUAACAAAUUUGUUCUUUAAAUUGGUGCCAUGUCUUGUGCGCCGGAAGAACACGCAUAUUACAGAAACCGCACCUGCCACCUCCGGCCAGAUCUCUGGCAAUGACACCAAUGUAAAUGUCAUUCGGGUGGAAGCGAUGACACCGCAGGACCAUCCAGCUUCCGGAGGAGAGCCUGAUCGCAUGGGUUCAAACAAUCAUGCAAAAAGGUGCCAGUCCAAUGACGUUACUGUGCCUUCAAAGGGGCAGGAACGACACAUUGGUUACGGGUAUUUUGACUAUGACAAUGUAGGAACUGACAAGGGAAAAGCUAUCGUAGUCGGCUCAAAUAAAGGGGAGGACCCUGACCACUUAAUGGGCUUGAUUGUCGUUCCUGCAGGGGGCGCAGGAGAGUUCCGUCGCGUGGGCCUAUUCCAUGUUGAUGGGAAGUUCUACGAGGAUGAAGAAGCCCCUUACUGCGAUAUAAAAUCAUGGCUGAACACACCCACUGAGGUCAUUACGAUAAUUUGAACUAAGGAUGUUGGGUACUUAUAGACAAGAUUAUAUUAACUGGUUUCGCAUAUACGGUAGCCAGUUGAAGAAUUUGCAGUGAACAGUGUUGAACGAAAGAGCAAAAAGG